AUGAACUUCACAACAGAGAAACAAGAAGUCGAAUCGUCGUAUUCUCGCGAGGGCAACAUGGAGUCCGACGGCACCCUCAACAACGGCUCCAACUACGAGCAGUCCCUCGAGCUCGCCCCCCUCCCCGAAGAUGAUUCUACCACCUGGGCGUUGAAGCACAAGGUCGAGGCCGUCAAGCAACGCGAUGAACGAUCCGGAUUCCCCCCUCGAAAGCUCGGCGUUACAUGGCAGAACCUCACCGUCCAAGCCGUCAGCUCCGAUGCCGCCAUCCACGAGAACGUGCUCUCGCAGUUCAACAUCCCCAAGCUCGUCAAGGAGUCCCGCCACAAGCCCCCUCUGAAGACCAUCCUCGACAAUACCCACGGACACGUCGCCCCCGGAGAGAUGUUAUUGGUCCUCGGCAGACCCGGUUCCGGGUGCACGACACUUCUCAACAUCCUCGCCAACCACCGCCGGGGAUACUCCUCAGUAACCGGAGACGUUCACUACGGAUCGAUGCCGGCGAAGGAGGCGGAGCGGUAUCGUGGACAGAUCGUCAUGAACACCGAGGAGGAGCUUUUCUUUCCUUCCCUUACUGUCGGCCAAACCAUGGACUUCGCAACGAGGAUGAAGAUCCCCUUCCAUCUGCCCGAUGGCGUUUCCACUGCAGAGGAGUUGAGAGCCGAGAACCGUGAUUUCCUCCUGGAGUCGAUGGGUAUCACGCACACUUUUGACACCAAGGUUGGCAACGAGUUCGUUCGUGGCGUGUCUGGUGGUGAGCGGAAGCGUGUUUCCAUCAUCGAGUGCAUGGCCACCCGAGGUUCAGUGUUCUGCUGGGAUAACAGUACGAGAGGUCUGGAUGCCAGCACGGCCCUGGAGUACACCAAAGCAGUCCGCGCGAUGACCGACGUCCUCGGUCUUGCUUCCAUCGUAACCCUCUACCAAGCCGGCAACGGAAUCUACAACCUCUUCGACAAGGUCCUCGUCCUCGACGGAGGCAAGGAGAUGUACUACGGCCCCAUGAAGGAAGCCAAGCCCUUCAUGGAGAAGCUCGGCUUCAUCUGCUCCGACGGCGCCAACGUCGCCGACUUCCUCACCGGCGUGACCGUCCCCACGGAGCGCGCCGUCCGCCCCGGUUUCGAAAAGACCUUCCCCCGCAACGCGGCAGCCCUCCGCGCAGAGUACGAAAAGUCCGAUAUCUACCCGCGUAUGAUCGCCGAGUACGACUUCCCGACGACGGAGGUCGCCAAGGAGAACACGAAACUCUUCCAGCAGGGCGUGGCCAACGAGAAGCACAAGCAGCUGCCCGCCAACAGCGCCCUGACGACGAGCUUCAUGACGCAGGUCAAGGCCUGCGUGCAGCGGCAGUACCAGAUCAUCUGGGGCGACAAGGCCACCUUCAUCAUCACCCAGGUCUCGACCCUCGUCCAGGCCCUCAUCGCCGGUUCUCUAUUCUACAACGCCCCGAACAACUCGGCCGGUCUCUUCGUCAAGGGCGGCGCUCUCUUCUUCGCGCUUCUUUUCAACAGUCUGCUAUCUAUGUCGGAAGUCACCAACUCCUUCACCGGUCGUCCUGUCCUGAUCAAGCAUAAAUCCUUCGCGUACUACCACCCGGCCGCGUUCUGCAUCGCCCAGGUUGCUGCUGAUAUCCCGGUCACGUUAUUCCAAGUUUCGGUAUUCUCGGUUGUAUUGUACUUCAUGGUUGGUCUGAAGACCACUGCUGCUGCGUUCUUUACCUUCUGGGUAGUCGUGGUCGCAACCACAAUGUGUAUGACGGCUAUGUUCCGCUCCAUUGGCGCAGGAUUUUCGACGUUUGAUGGCGCUUCCAAGGCAUCAGGUUUCAUGGUCAGCGCUCUGAUUAUGUACUGCGGUUACAUGAUUCAAUACUCUCAAAUGCACCCAUGGUUCAUUUGGAUCUUCUGGAUUAAUCCUCUCGCCUACGCGUUUGACGCGCUUAUGUCCACCGAAUUCUACGGCCAGCUCCUUCCUUGUGUCGGCAACAACCUCGUACCGAACGGGCCCGGAUACACCGACCUCGCUCACCAGUCCUGCGCCGGUGUCGCCGGCGCCAGGCAGGGAGACACCUCCCUGACCGGCGAGCAGUACCUUUCCGCUCUUUCCUACAGCCACAGCCACGUCUGGAGAAACUUCGGUAUCGUCUGGGCUUGGUGGGUUCUCUUCAUUGCCAUCACCAUCAUUUCAACGUCAAUGUGGCGCUCGUCCGCAGAGGGCGGCUCUUCUCUCCUGAUCCCCCGUGAGAACGCCAAGGUCACCGCCGCGCUGAGAACCGAUGAGGAGGCUCAGACUACCGAGGAGGCUACUGGUGAGACCAAGAGCGACAAUGAGAAGCGGGACGGCAACGCCAGUGGAGACGAGACGGAUCAGAACCUCAUCCGCAACACCUCAAUCUUCACCUGGAAGAACCUCUCCUACACCGUCAAGACGCCCUCCGGAGAUCGUGUGCUUCUCGACAACGUUCAAGGCUACGUCAAGCCCGGUAUGCUCGGUGCAUUGAUGGGAUCUUCCGGCGCUGGUAAGACCACUCUCCUCGACGUCCUCGCCCAACGCAAGACCGAGGGUACAAUCCACGGCUCGAUCAUGGUCGACGGACGCCCCCUUCCUGUGUCCUUCCAACGAUCCGCCGGAUACUGCGAACAGCUCGAUGUCCACGAACCCUACGCCACGGUCCGCGAAGCCCUCGAAUUCUCCGCCCUGCUCCGCCAAAGCCGCGACACCCCGCGCGAGGAGAAGCUAGCCUACGUCAACACGAUCAUCGAUCUCCUCGAGCUCCACGACCUGGCCGACACCCUCAUCGGCCGCGUCGGCAACGGUCUCUCCGUUGAGCAGCGCAAGCGCGUCACCAUCGGUGUUGAGCUCGUCUCUAAGCCUUCCAUCCUGAUCUUCCUUGACGAGCCCACCUCCGGUCUCGAUGGCCAGUCCGCCUACAACACCGUCCGCUUCCUCCGCAAGCUCGCCGACGCCGGCCAGGCCGUCCUCGUCACCAUUCACCAGCCCUCCGCCCAGCUCUUCGCCCAGUUCGACACCCUCCUGCUUCUCGCCCGUGGCGGCAAGACCGUCUACUUCGGCGACAUCGGCGACAACGCAAAGACCAUCCGCUCCUACUUCGCCCGCUACGGCGCGCCCUGCCCCGAGGACGCCAACCCCGCAGAGCACAUGAUCGACGUCGUCUCGGGCCACCUCUCCAAGGGCAAGGACUGGAACGAAGUCUGGCUCUCCUCUCCGGAGCACGACGCCGUCGUCAAGGACCUCGACCACAUGAUCUCCGACGCCGCCUCCAAGCCCCCCGGAACCGUCGACGAUGGCCACGAGUUCGCCCUCCCCCUCUGGGAGCAGACCAAGAUCGUCACCCAUCGCAUGAACGUCUCGCUGUACCGCAACGUUGACUACGUCAACAACAAGUUCGCGCUGCACAUCUUCUCCGCCCUCUUCAACGGCUUCUCCUUCUGGAAGAUCGGCGACUCCGUCUCCGACCUGCAGAUGAGCCUCUUCACCAUCUUCAACUUCAUCUUCGUCGCCCCCGGUGUCCUCGCCCAACUGCAGCCUCUCUUCAUCGACCGCCGCGACAUCUUCGAGACACGCGAGAAGAAGUCCAAGAUGUACUCGUGGAUCGCCUUCGUCACUGGCCUGAUCGUGUCCGAGGUCCCCUACCUCAUCAUCUGCGCCGUGCUCUACUACGUAUGCUGGUACUACACCGUCGGCUUCCCGACCGACUCCUCCCGUGCGGGCGCCACCUUCUUCGUCAUGCUCAUGUACGAAUUCGUGUACACGGGUAUCGGCCAGUUCGUCGCCGCCUACGCCCCCAACGCCGUCUUUGCCUCUCUCGUCAACCCUCUCCUGCUCGGAGUCCUCGUCUCCUUCUGCGGUGUCCUCGUCCCCUACGACCAGCUCCAGACCUUCUGGAAGUACUGGAUGUACUGGCUCAACCCCUUCAACUACCUCAUGGGCAGCAUGCUCGUCUUCGACCUCUGGGGCACCGAGGUCAACUGCGACUCCAAGGAGUUCGCCCUCUUCGACCCGCCCAACGGCACCACCUGCGCCGCCUACCUCGCCGACUACAUGCGCGGCAUGGGCGCCAGCAGCAACCUCGUCAACCCGGACGCCACCUCCGGCUGCAGGGUCUGCCAGUACCGCGACGGCAGCGACUACCUGCAGACCAUCAACCUGAAGGAGUACUACUACGGCUGGCGGGACGCCGGCAUCGUCGUCAUCUUCGCCAUCAGCUCGUACGCGCUCGUCUACCUGCUCAUGAAGCUGAGGACCAAGACGUCCAAGAAGGCGGAGUAA